AUGUCUCCUAUUGAAAUAUUCGUCGAUCACUCCUCUAUCCGCGGGAUUACAGAGAAUUUGUCGAGUCCGGAAUGGAGUUCUAUCAUCACUCUUUUCAAUGAUGUGCAGUCACAUCUCAUACAAUCAAAAGCAACCCGCUCUGCCUACCUCGAAAUUCUUGUGGACUUCUACAAUCUCAAUGAUGAGGCAGAGCACUGCUUCCCAAGCCUACGGAUGAAGAUGUACUACACUACUUCCAAGACAAUUUCCCUCAUGUACAUGUCCGCAGCAGUCUUCAUCCAAAUGGUACCUUAG